UCAGAGCCACUGGGCGGCGAGGAAGCGCCUUGUGAAUUGAGGGCGGGGGUAGUGCCUAUAGAGCACCCGCCCCCCCGCUCAAUCCGGCCCUGCCGGAUGGAUGGAAUAUGAAGGUUCCAUCUCUAUGUAAUGAUAUCUCUUCUUAGCAGACCACGGGAGGGAUCAUGCCCGCUGCUACCCAACGAGGCGUGAUUUAUCCUUUGUCUAUCGUCUUGCUUUGGCUGGGGCAGUUUCCAGCUGAGGAGUCACUGGAAGGGACAAGGAAUGCAGGCCACUUCCAGGUGCACCACGAAAUCAUAAUACCUCAGUGGAGACCAUAUGGAAGCUCUGGCAAGGAUAAGCAUGUGCCCAGAGCAGAAGUAAACAUAACAGCUGAAGGAAGAAACCUCAUCUUGGAUGUUGAGAAGAAUGAGCAUCUCUUUGCACCAGGCUACACUGAAACUCACUAUACAGAGAGUGGAACUCCCCACACUAUCACUUUGAAUAAUACAGAUCAUUGCUUUUACCAUGGCAUAGUAAGGGGGAUAGAAGACUCCAGUGUGGCACUCAGUGCAUGUAAUGGUCUACGUGGCCUUAUAGUACUCCAUAACAAUCUCAGUUAUAUAUUGGAGCCACUUUUUCAUAGCCAGGAGCAACACUUGAUCUACAGGUCCGAACAUCUCAAAGUUCCCAGGGGCACCUGUGGAAACCAUCAUUCAGGGUCAGAUGCCAUGGAUUGGCUUACUGAGCUAGGCUCUCACAGGGUACAGCUAGGCUCUCACAGGGUGAAGAGGGAUGAUCAACAGUCUACGAAAUAUGUGGAGCUUCUACUAGUGGCUGAUUAUGCGGAGUUUCAAAAACAUAAGUACGAUCUUCAGGCAACCAAGAAUAAGUUAGUGGAGGCUGCCAAUUAUGUAGAUAAGUUUUACAAAUCCUUGAACAUACGGAUUGCUCUGGUGGGGCUUGAGAUCUGGAAUGACCACAAUAAGUGUGACAUCUCUGAGAAUCCACAUUCAACUCUGUGGUCUUUUCUUGCAUGGAGGCGCAAACUACUAAAACAUAAAAAGCAUGACAAUGCCCAGCUGAUUACUGGGAUGUCCUUCCAUGGUACUACUAUUGGCUUGGCCCCUUUGAUGGCCAUGUGUUCAGUCUAUCAGUCUGGAGGAGUAAACAUGGAUCACUCUGAAAAUGCCAUUGGAGUUGCUGCCACCAUGGCCCAUGAAAUCGGACAUAAUUUUGGCAUGAGUCACGAUUCAGCUGGCUGCUGUACUGCCAGUGCGAAAGAUGGUGGAUGCAUCAUGGCUGCUGCAACAGGGGACCCAUUCCCCAAAGUGUUCAACAAGUGCAAUACAAAGGAAUUGAACCGGUACCUGCAGUCUGGUGGAGGAAUGUGUCUAUAUAAUAUGCCAGAUACUAAUACCUUAUAUGGAGGACAGAAAUGUGGAAAUGGUUAUCUGGAAGAAGGGGAAGAGUGCGAUUGUGGAGAAGUGGAGGAAUGCAGUAAUCCUUGUUGUGAUGCUUCUAAUUGCUCUCUGAAGCCUGGUGCUGAGUGUGCUCAUGGAACCUGCUGUCACCAGUGCAAGAUGAUUGCUCCAGGAACUCUUUGCCGGGAACAGUCUAGACCAUGUGAUCUGCCAGAAUAUUGUACAGGCAAAUCACCAUUCUGCCCUGCAAACUUCUACCAAAUGGAUGGGACUCCGUGUGCAGAUGGGAGAGCAUAUUGCUACAGUGGAAUGUGCCUGACGUAUGAACAGCAGUGCUUGCAGCUCUGGGGUUAUGGAGCAAGGCAGGCACCUGAUCUCUGCUUUGAGAAAGUUAAUGCUGCUGGAGAUUCCUAUGGGAACUGUGGAAAGGAUAUCAAUGGCAGAUACAGGAAGUGUGAUACCAGAGAUGCUAAGUGUGGAAAGAUCCAGUGUCAAAGCUCAGCUUCCAAGCCUUUGGAGUCCAAUGCCGUUGCAAUUGACACAACAAUCACAUUAGGUGGAAGGGAGAUCCGCUGUCGUGGGACCCACGUGUACCAAGAUGAAGAGGAAGGAGAUAUGUUAGACCCAGGACUUGUGAUGGCAGGAACAAAGUGUGGUGACAGCCAUAUUUGCUUUGAGGGGCACUGUCGGAACACCUCCUUCUUUGAUACUGGAAACUGUGGGAAGAAGUGCAAUGGCCAUGGAGUGUGUAAUAACAACCAGAACUGCCAUUGUUCCAGUGGAUGGGCACCUCCAUUUUGCAACAAAGUUGGGAAUGGAGGAAGCUUGGAUAGUGGGCCCAUGCCUCAAGAGAGUCCUGUUGGAAUCAUAAUAGGAGUCCUGUUUUGUGUCUUGCUUUUGAUUCUAUUUGCUUUUUGCUGCUAUAAAUGGAGAGCCAGGCUUUUACCUCUCAAGCAGACUAUCAUCUCUCCGAAGAAAAUGCAACCAUUCAGCACUCCUGCUCCCAUCCAGAUUGGUGUGAAUGGCCACGCCAACCCAGCCUUUAAGUUGAAAACCCCACAGGAACAGAGAAAGGCUAUUGGUAUACAGAACAUUCCUCCAAACCCUGAAGCUCUUUACUGUCAGGCAGUUCCGGAGCUCAAGAUCCAGGCACAGCCACCCCCUGUCCUCCCAGCGAAUGUAAGGAAACCUCCAGUUAUAGAACAUCAGUCGGAGGCGAGGAAUGUUGUGAAACGAAUCCCACCAAGCAGGCCAGCACCUCCUGCUCCAAAAGUUAUCAUUGCACAGGAUUCUUCCAGACCACGACCCCCUCAGAAAGCUCUUCCUGCUAAUCCAGUUCCUCCAAGCAAAAGAACUGUGCUGGCCAGUAUGAGCACAGCAAUAGCACCACCACAUACUGCUGCAAGGAACACAGGAGUAAACCAGUAUUCAGCUAUCAAGAAGCACGAACAGCGAAUACCUUGAAGUCUAGAUACUGAAGUUUACCUUGCUUUGCUGAAAUCUACACCAAUUAUUUCUGGUUUGACCAUGGGGCUUGUUUCUAGGAUGAAGACAUGCUGGUCAUUUAUAACUCUCAGAUUGCCCUCCUCAGUCUCAUGUGACUAACUGAGGCCAGUUCCAAGUCUGGCUUUAGCAAAAAUGUCUACCAUCCUUAGCACAGGUAGAUACAGCUGCCUUGGAAAAGAGAGGGAAUUCCACCAAUACCUGCCAAAGCGAAAUGAGACUUGCUUUGUCUUUUUAUUAUUAUUAUUUCAUUACAGGAUGUACUUAUUUAAAAUGGCACCGACACGUUAUAGUGCAAGAUACAAUAUGCUGAAAUGAAAUAGGGAGAGGCCUUGAUUCUCUCCCAGUAAUUCAUUAUCCCAGCAGAAGAUGAACUGAUUUAAUCAACAUCUAUCAAGCCAGUGCAUCCUUCACACCUACCCAGACCAUAAUGACCUACAUCAUUAAAACUAUGUCCCAUAAACGAUGGGACAUAGUACCACGAUGCCCUUGAGAUUGCCUGUCCAAAGCGAUCUCCUCCAAAGCACAUAUGGAGGAAUUUCCCAAUCAUGUGGAAUAGAAAUAUACUGGCUCCUAAGAACCUAAGAUGAAUUCUCAUGGAUCUGACCAAAGGCCCAUCUAGUCUAGCACCCUGUUUACCAUAGGAAAAGAGGCCCCAUUCCCUGUUAAGGAAUCUUCAAGAUUUCAGUACUAACCUGUAUGUACAGCAACCUCUCAUGAUGUCUGCUGUGCCACCAGCUUUUCAUCCCAAAGUCUUUCUCUUCAUUUCUUUCCAGCAUUGGUGGUAUAAGUACAGCCAACAUUUACUCUACUCACUGAGAAUCCAUAGUCCUCUGAAGUCUGUUCUACUCUGUUUGCAUUUGGUAUCUUUCCUGUUGGUUCUGUCCAGCUGCAGAGAAUGCUGGAAGCAUUUUGUAUGGUGGUAUAUGGCUCUCCUUGAACCUGAUGUUUUUGUCCCCCCUGCUAACCAUUGAACCCUCCCACUGUGCUUGCAGUUGCAUCUGUUUACCUCUUCCAUGACCCACUCUGGCAGGUAACAGGUGAAGUGUAUGCUUCAUCAGAUAUAAUAGGAUGUCUCCUUCAUCACAGUAUAUGGCUCUCCUUGAACCUGAUGUUUUUGUCCCCCCUGCUAACCAUUGAACCCUCCCACUGUGCUUGCAGUUGCAUCUGUUUACCUCUUCCAUGACCCACUCUGGCAGGUAACAGGUGAAGUGUAUGCUUCAUCAGAUAUAAUAGGAUGUCUCCUUCAUCACAGAAUCACACUCUUGACAGAUGCUCCAUAUAUGACCUCUUUUUUUCUGCUCUGAAAUAAGCUCCAUGUAGAAAAGGGUUUGAAAACCAUCAUGUAUGGUGCAAGAGUUUUUAUUUUGCUCCAAGUAUUUGGUCCUAUCUACAUACUAAACUUUCAUGCCGUACUUAAUACACAAUGUAUAUACAUGUUUCCCCCUACAUGGAAAUUAUCUCAGUGUAUAAAUGUUUCCUGUAUGAAGUGGCCCCCAUUUUUAGAUUCUAACUUCUUGAGCUACAAGGAGAAAGAGAAAUUAUUCAGGCACCAUAUAACUCCAGUUGAGGGCUUCUUCCUAGUUUAACCUGUUCUGGAGUAUCUCCAGGAAAUCAUAGCAUCAAUGAUUUCUGACAUAAGGAAAAUUACUCAAAGUAGUCCCGUUGAAAUUAAAAGGACAAGUAAUGGAGCUACUUUGAAUAAUUUUCUUCAUGUCAGCCAUUGAUUCUAUGGUUGAAUAACUGAUUAUAUAAGGUCAUUCUCAUGACCAGCUUUAUUUACCUGGGCUACCACAGCCCUAGCCAGGUACAGCUGGUCAUUAGAACCACUGGGAUUGGUCCCAAUCCCAGCACGCCUCAAUCAGGUAGUCUGGGUUUUGUACCUAGUCUAAAUGUGAGGUAGGAGAGUGUACAUGCACCCUCCUACCCACUCCCUGGUUGUUUGGGUGACUCGGCUGCUGACAGCUCCUCCUGUCAUUUUGAUCAUAGAGGCUGGAGGCAAGAGCAACCUAGCCUCAGGGAUUUCUACAAUGCCCCAUGCUUCUCGCGUGAUGCAUUGUGGGAUUCCUGGAGGCUGGGCUUCAUUCCCCCAGCCUCCAUAUUGCUGUGCUGUUCACUGCAAUGGUGAUUGUGUGGGCACAUGAGCGACAUGGUUUGCAAGGAAACAGAGGUCAUGGGGGAGGUAGGGACGAUCCCACCUUCUUUCCCACCCACUCCAGCCCCACUUGAAGUGGUUGUGUGAACAACUGUUAUGAUUUCCUUGAAAUUUUCCAGAAGUGGAGAUAUACCCUGCCAAUUAAGCAAGUAUUAGCAAAACCCCUUUAAAUCUUUCUAGGUUUGCAUUUAAUUGUUAGUUCUAUCAUGCACCACCUUGUCUAUAUAAUCAGCUUAGCUUUUGUAUUAUUUAUCUUUCAUUUUGGCUGGGCUUGUUGACUCAGGAAAUUUACUGUGCUUAUUUUAACCUAGGACAACAUUAAUAAUCCUGGUUUGGAAUUUACACUUGGCACUCUUAAACUAAGGUAGGCACCUCGGUUUAUAGCUGCCGCACAGUGCCGAAUACCUUAGCCCUAAUCCAGAGUUAAUCCAAAUUUAACUUUGAGUAAUUUGGGGAUCGCCCUUCAUUCAAUCUCAAUGUAAUUUACAUUCUAUUUGCAUUUAUCUGAUUUGACCCUGGCAUAAUUCUUAGCUAUGGAGAAUUUAUUACGUUAAAAAGCCCUUGGAGAAGGUACUACUUGCAAACUCCAGAAUCCCAGUACUGAACGGAAUUAUAUGUUGUCCUAUCACCAUUGUGUUUUGCUGUAAGCCACCUUAUUCAACAAACGUCCACAGGCUGUCUGCUUCCCUUAAGCUGCAUAUUCCAAAUCACUUCUGGGUACAUCAAACUAGAUAGAUGCCUAGCUCAGGUGGCUCACUGCGAAGUGUAACUCAACUCAUGGUGCUGUACCCAGCGGGCAGCUGAUGAAAUCUGAGUCCUAUAACUGGACACUGCCAUGGUGCAAGCUGCCUUUAUGCACUUUAAACAACCUGGAGGUUCCAAGAAUGCAGUUGCAACAUUGUCACUAAUCUGAGGCUUAAUGUACAUUAUCUCAGGUUUUUAAAGUCUUUGGGGUGCUUUGUUUGCAUUGUGAUUUUUCUGUUUGCUUUUCAAUAUCCUGGUGCUAUAGAUGAGGAGCUGCUUUCUUUAUGAUUUUGGAUAUAAAGGAGACUUGAUGGUCAGUCUUAGAAAACCUCUCUAGGUGCUAUUAAUGAGAGACAUGUUGUUUUCUUGGCUGCAGUCUGAACUGUUGUUUGGGAGAGGGGGGGAGGGGGGUUCCUUUUAAAAAUUUAUCCAAGAUAAUUGUUUAACAGGGUUCCCUAAACCAGGAAUUCUCAAUGUUGGGUCCCCAGAUGUUAUUGGACUUCAACUCCCAUAAUCCCCAACCAAAGGCUACUGGGGCUGGGGAUUAUGGGAGUUGAAGUCCCAAGAACAUCUGGGGACCCAACGUUGAGAAUCCCUGCUCUAAACAAUGAAGAAUUGCUUUUGAUAACUUUAGGCUUGGCUGUCAUCUAGUCUAAACCAAUUGCCAGCAAUUACACUUCAACAAGCGAACAACCAACCAAUGGCCUUAGAGACUUGUUCCCAUGUUGUGCAUCAGCUCAGUGUUAGAUAACCUUGUGUAACAUACCAAGUAGUAUCUUGACAAUGUACCUGCAUUGCUCUCAUGUUACAAAGUAAGUGGUUUAUGUUGUCUACUGUUUUUAACCCCUGGGAGGUGUUUGGGGGCAUGGCACAUUCUUUCUGAUUCUAAGGUUGUGUUUGCUUCCUAACAGUCCCACUGCUCGUUCUCAAAGCUGCAUAAAGCAGUUAUUUUACAUGUAAUGGUGUACAAGUAUUUUGUAACCCCUUUUAAUUUAAAAUACUCUGAGGGUGUUUAAAAAACAAUCCCCACACCAGGAGUCAUGUACUUCGAGAGAAAACAUGUCUCCCAAUAAAUUAGCAGCCAUCUUGGCUGGUCUUUGCUCUUUCAGGUUGAAUCUCAGGCACAGUCCACAUCAGGGGAACAGUAAUCCUUCAUGUUGUUUGGUUCCCCCCACCCCUGAACCUAAAUAGCCUUUCUGCAGGGAGGGUGAUCAAGAUCUAGACCAUAGUUUGGGGGUAGGGAGACUUUUGGCCCUACCAUGGUCCUACUCUGGAUCAGGUUCUGUUUUCCCUGGGAGGGAAGCUCCCAUUAGCACUGAUCAGAACUGCAUCAGAGUGAAGGGUGAAAGCCCCCCUCUACAGUCCCAAUCCCAAUCAUUAUUCCUCCCCAUCACCAUGUCAAUCAUUCAAAUUAGGAAAAACACAUAUGCAGGGCCAAACUAUGCCUUUAAUGUAACAUGUAGUCUGCUUGGGAACCUGUGAAGACAGAACAUAUUUGCAACAAACCAGUUCUGUUCUUAAGUUAGUUCCUCCUGUAAAUAUUGAGUUUUGCCAUUGGUUUCAUUAAGCCUUGGUUUGAGCCAUCUCAGAAUACUUGAAAGAGCAAAACAUGCUGGAAGAACAACUGGAUACACUUCCAAGGAAAACAGAACUGAAAGGGCAACUUCUUAACCAGUUUGUCAGCUUCAAUGGGACUUUUAAAAAUGCUCAAACACAAAAAUAUCAGCAGCCCUCCAAGAUUGUAGAAAUAUGGUUGUGUAGCUCUACCUGCUGUGGUAGUAAGCGGAAGGCUGUGUGUGUGUAACAAAUGAUGGGUGAAAAGGUCCCCAUGGCCAAACAGCUCUUAGUGGCUAAACACAGAGUGUCUAAAGGGAGUCCUUUUGGGGAUGGAAUGGGCAUCCAGCCUUGUCACUGAUAAGUAAAUGCUUCACAAAUAAUUUUGUAUUUUCUUGUGUGUGUUUGAAACAAUGGGUUGGGAGAACAAAAAUUACAUGUGUGACUUUCAUUUUUUAUUACUUUGGGAGAACCAAUGCACCAGAUGUCACCUUUUUUCUUAUGUCUCACAGGUUUACAAUAUGAUCUCUAUGCAAAUACUUGAAUAAUGCAGUUGGUUGUGCCUUUUGCCUAGUUAUGUUUAAUAAAUGGUGUGAUUAUUA